AAGCGGACAGCAAACAAGCUACUAGCUCAAACUCUUCAAUAUUUGCAAGCGGGGACCUAUUUUGGUCCGCUGGAGGUGCUCUUAUUGCUACCUUGUUACAUGUUGUUGCUGGUGCAGUGGUGCCGACUGCUGAGCCUAUACCAAAUUAGUUUAUUCUUAUUGAUUCGUUAAUCGUAUCCUAAGGGUGCUCUAAACUUGAUCGUUGUUCCAUGAGAAAAAAAAGGUAGCCUUUCCAUUUCAGGGGAAACAACAAAGUAUUCAUAAUAUUUACCCGGGAACAACUAAAGAACAGUGUAAAUGAGUUUAGAAUAGGAUGCCAGUUGCUGUAGCAAUUCCCGCCAUUAGGAUAAACCUAAGAGCUCAUCAACAACAUAUUUUCUCUCUCCUCAAAACCUGCAACUCCAUUAAGCAGCUAACCCAAAUCCACGCUCAAAUCUUCAUCAAUGGAUUUUCCCACAAAAGUUUUCUCAUUGCCAAGUUAAACUCUCUGUAUGCAACUUAUGGAUAUUUCCAGAAUGCCUGCAACAUGUUCAACGAAAUGCCAAACCCAUCAACUACUGUUUGGAAUCAAGUGAUUAGAGGUUAUGCUAACAGUGAAACACCACAAAAAUCAGUAGAAUUAUACUCUAGAAUGUUAGAGGAACGAUUAGUGCCUGAUGAGUACACUUUUUCUUAUGUUCUGAGUGCGUGUGCGAGAUCUUCAAUGUUUAGAGAGGGUGAACAGAUUCAUGGGAGAGUUUUGUCAAAUGGGUAUUGUUCUAACAGUUUUAUUAAGACCAAUUUGAUCAAUUUGUACUUGGGAUUGGGAGACAAAAUCGGUCUUGCGAAUGCAUACAAGGUGUUUGAGGAAAUGCCUGAUAGAAAAGAUGCUGUUACUUGGAAUUCGUUGCUUGCUGGGCAUAUUAAGUGUCAGGAUUUUGAUGGGGCUCGUGGAGUCUUUGAUGCACUGCCUGUGAGGACUGUGGUUGCUUGGACUGCGAUGCUUAGGGGGUGUGCUCAAAAUGGAUGGUUUAGGCAUGCUUUAUGGUUGUUUCAAGAGAUGAGAAGAGCAAGUUUGGAAUUGGAUCAGGUGUCGUUGGUUGUAGCUUUAUCAGUAUGUGCCGAGAUAGGUGACUUGAGCAUUGGAAAAUGGAUUCAUUCUUAUGUUAUUAAGGCAUCUGAUGGGGAGGGACGAGAUGUAUGUGUGCGUUUACACAAUGCACUUGUACAUAUGUAUGCUAGCUGUGGAGUUAUAGAAGAAGCAUAUAGGAUCUUUAGAGAUAUGACAAGAAGAACUGUUGUGUCAUGGACAACCAUGAUUAUGGGAUAUGCUAAACAUGGCUCUACUAGAAAAGCUUUAGAGGUUUUUGAAUGUAUGCAAAAUACAGGUGGAGUAAAGCCUGAUGCCAGAACCUUCUUGGGGGUUCUCACGGCCUGCAGCCAUGGAGGAUAUGUUGAAGAGGGUCGUCGGUAUUUUAAAGAAAUGGAAGAAAAAUGGGCAAUUAACCCCAAUAUCGAGCACUAUGGUUGCUUCAUUGAUCUAUUGAGUCGUGCAGGGUUCUUGGAAGAAGCAAGAAUGUUCAUAGAGACUAUGCCUAUGAAGCCUAAUGAUGUAGUUUGGGGUUCACUUCUUUGUGGAUGCAUGAUUCAUAGCACUCCCCAAAUUGCCUCCUAUGCAGCUCAAAAACUUGUAGCGGAGCUUGAUCAGGAGGUAAUGGUUGAGUAUCUUGUCUCGGUAUCAAAUGUUUAUGCCAUGGCCAGAAGAUGGGAAGAGAUGGCUAUGGUGCGGAAGAAGAUGCAAAAAAUGGUUUUAAAAAAUAAUAAAGGCAAGAGUUGGGUGCAAAUAGAUGAAACAGUUCAUGACUUCAUGGCUGGUGAUACUACUCAUAGACAUACCUUGUUGAUUUAUGAGUUACUUAACAAACUCACCACAGAAAUCAGAUAUGAAGCCAAUGAUCAUGACAUGAGUGAGGACUUUGUUGAGUUUUAGGGGGUUAUAGUUCUUCUGCAGGAGUACUUUGCUUAAUAUUUUGACAAUAAAGUUGGGUGUAGCUUGUGUAAGCUCAUCAAUCUGAAGCACUGAGAAUCUGCAGAACAGUCUAUCAGUCAUUGCAUACUUUCUUAUGCUUAAUCGGGAGGAUAAUAUGAAUGUAAAGUUAGAGUUCAGCUUUUGAUGCUCUGUACUAAUUAUUGAUUGGAGGAAUUUUUUGGAAGGGUUGCUUCUGAUUUUGAGUUUUUGUAUCAGCAGGGUAAGAUUUUAUUGAUAUGAUCAAACGUUCAUGGAACAGUUCCAGGAGGCUGUUGCUGUAGUUUGCAGAUUUUCUUUAUAAAGGUUGUUGACUGAAAGGGAGAGUGGUAUAUCCGCUGUCAGAAAACAUCCAUCUUUUACGGACUCCUUCCUGCAUUUUUCAAAUCAGUUGUUGGAGCCUGGAGUUGCAGAGAAUUCUGGGAAUGACUGCAAGAUAUUUGCCUGCUUGCUUGAAAUUCAACAUGAAGAUUGGACGAGCUUCCCUUUGUUGCUAACAGCUUACCUUUAAGCUUUGAGUUUUCUAAAAGGGUGUUGAAGUGCAAAUUCAAUAUGCUCUCCCAGGUGUCCAAUUACGAGUGCGAAUCAUUAGGACGCUUUACAUGAUCAUCUGGUGACCAAUAUGGGUAAUUUACUAGAAGUGAUCGUGAUUCUGCACUUUCACCUGCCGAAUUCACGGAAGAGAAAGGUGUAAUUGAUUCCUUGCUCUCCCUGGCGGUACUCCGCAGGCAUUAGCUGUGGUUCCACCACACCAAAUAUCUAAGCGAUCUUUGGUCUCCCAGGUUCCAUGAUAUAAGAAGGUGAAGAAACUACACGGAAGUUUGUGCAUCAAUGUGAUAUAAAGCCCACAGGCAGGCCUUUUAUCCUUUUCUUUCUCCUGUUUGUCGUUUUGAAGUGUAUAUAGUAAAAUCUAGAAAUAGUAAGGUCAAUUCUUGUAUUUGUGCAAGAAUAUAUUCUUGUGCAUCAUUCUCAAUGCAAGCAUACUUGUAUAAGUUGGAAGCUUAGAUGCUUUAGGAGUAUUCUAGUCACAUGUGUGUAUGUCUUCAGUAAGGGUGGAAACUGUUAUAUGUUAUUGAUACUAGACAACUUGUUCUUUCCUGGAUUAA